GGACGCUGGCUGGAUGAAGGCUCUGGAGCCCCUGCUUGCUGGCCUCUGCCUUCUCUGAGCCUGGACCUCUCCCCGGUCUGUUUUCCACCAUGUUUCACUUAAUAAAAAAGGACCGGGACGGGUCCAGGAGGGAGAAGAAGGAGAAGAAGGAACGAAUGUCAGCUGCUGAGCUGAAGAGCCUCGAGGAGAUGAGCGUGCGCCGGGGAUUUUUCAAUCUCAGCCGGGCUUCCAAGAGGGACACGAAGAACCGGCUGGAGAUCUCCAACCCCAUCCCUAUCAAGGUGGCCAGUGGCUCUGACCUCCACCUGACGGACAUCGACUCGGACAGCAACCGGGGGAGCGUGAUCUUGGACUCCGGGCACCUAAGCACGGCCAGCUCCAGCGAUGACCUCAAGGUGGACGACGCCAACUUCAAGGGCUCAGUGCUUCAGCGGGCGGCCAAGUUCGGCUCACUGGCCAAGCAGAACUCCCAGAUGAUCGUCAAGAGGUUCUCCUUCUCCCACAGGAGCCGCGACGAAAGUACCUCGGAGACCUCCACGCCCUCGGAGCACUCGGCGGCCCCUUCUCCGCAGGUGGAAACGCGCACACUGGAGAUGCAGCUCGCUAAGCAGGACAUGGCUCCGGGGCCUCCCUGUGCCCCUUUGGCCUCUGCCUCCCGCACCCAGUUGCCCGAACUGGUGAGCAAGAGGUUUCCUGCAGAGUUGAAACUGCCCACGGUGGUGCCUCCUCAGCCCCCUGGGCCCAGGCAGCUGGAGCUGCAGCGGCGCAACACAGGCGACUUUGGCUUCUCGCUGCGCCGCACCACCAUGCUGGACAGGGCCGCCGACGGGCAGGUGUACAGGCGGGUGGUGCAUUUUGCUGAACCGGGCGCCGGGACCAAAGAUCUGGCCUUGGGCUUGGUGCCAGGCGACCGGCUGGUGGAGAUCAAUGGGUGCAACGUGGAGAAUAAAUCCCGGGACGAGAUUGUGGAGAUGAUCCGGCAGUCGGGGGAGACGGUGCGCCUGAAAGUGCAGCCCAUUUUGGAGCUGAGCGAGCUGAGCCGCUGCUGGCUGAAGAGUGGGGAGCAGCUUCACGGAGUAGCCUUUGAGCCGGAGCCAGAGACUGCCGUGGCUGCACCCAGCCAGGUACGGUAUCCCGGCGCCCUGGACCUCCCUCCAUCUCCCGCCUGCCUCUGGGUUGAUGUGUGUGCUCGUGCAACUUGCUGGAAUGCCAAGACGGAGGAGCAGAUUGCCGCCGAAGAGGCCUGGUACGAGACGGAGAAGGCGUGGCUGGUUCACAAGGAUGGCUUCUCCUUGGCGAGCCAGCUGAAGACUGACGCUGCCGGCGUCUUACCAGAGGGGAAGGUCAAAGUGAAGCUGGACUACGACGGGGCCCUUCUGGAGGUGGAUGAAGACGACAUUGAAAAGGCUAAUCCUCCAUCCUGUGACCGUUUGGAGGACCUGGCCAACCUCGUCUACCUCAACGAGUCCAGUGCCCUGCACACCCUGCGCCAGCGCUAUGGCGGCAACCUCAUACACACCUACGCCGGCCCCAACCUGGUGGUCAUCAACCCUCUCAGCUCUCCCUCCAUGUACUCGGAGAAGGUGAUGCACAUGUUCAAGGGAUGCCGCAAGGAGGACACGUCCCCUCAUGUUUACGCUAUCGCCCAGGCGGCCUACCGGGCCAUGCUGAUGAGCCGCCAGGACCAGUCUGUUGUCCUCUUGGGGAGCAGCGGCAGUGGCAAAACCACCAACUGCCAGCACGUGGUGCAGUACUUGGCCACCAUCGCGGGCAGCUCCGGGAAGGUCUUCUCAGUGGAGAAAUGGCAGGCGCUGUACACCAUCCUGGAAGCCUUUGGCAACAGCAGCACAAGCUUGAACAGCAAUGCCACGCGCUUCUCACAGAUCACCUCCCUGGACUUCGACCAGGCUGGGCAGGUGGCAUCAGCUUCCGUCCAGACAAUGCUGCUAGAGAAACUCCGGGUUGCCAAGCGCCCCACCAACGAGGCUACGUUCAACGUGUUCUACUAUCUCCUGGCUUGUCCGGACAACGCCCUGCGGACGGAGCUGCAUUUCAACCACUUGGCUGAACACAACGUCUUUGGGAUCGUGCCUUUGGCAAAGCCGGAGGAGAAGCAGAAAGCAGCGCAGCGGUUCAGCAAGCUGCAGGCGGCCAUGAAGGUGAUGGGCAUUUCCAGCGACGAGCAGAAGGCCUUCUGGCUCGUCCUGGGGGCUGUUUGCCACCUGGGGGCGGCUGGAGCCACCAAAGCUGGGAGGAAGCAGUUUGCUCGUCACGAGUGGGCCCAGAAAGCCGCCUACCUGCUGGGGUGCACCCUGGAAGAGCUGUCCUCGGCCAUCUUCAAGCAGCAGCCCAAAGGCACCCUGCAGAGGUCCACCUCCUUCCGCCAGGGACCAGAGGACGCGGCGCUGGCGGACGGCUCAGGCCUGAAGACCUCUGCUUUGGAGUGUUUGGAAGCCCUGGCCUCCAGCUUGUACUCGGAAGCGUUCACCCUGCUGAUCUCACUCCUCAACAGGGCUCUCAAGUCCAGCCAGCGCUCCUUGUGUUCCAUGAUGAUCGUGGAUACGCCUGGCCUCCAGAACCCUGAGAUGGCCGGCCAGAGCCGCGGGGCCACCUUCGAGGAGCUGUGCCACAACUACGCCCAGGAGCGGCUGCAGGCGCUCUUUCACGAGCGAACCUUCGUGCAGGAGCUGGAGCGAUACAAGGAGGAAAACAUAGGCCUUUCCUUAGAUGCCUUAGAGCCCAGUACCUCGGGCUCCGUAGCCACAGUAGACCAAGCGUCCCACCAGGCACUGGUUCGCACGCUUGCCCGGACCGAAGAAGCCCGUGGCCUGCUGUGGCUCUUGGAAGAGGAGUCCCUUCAGCCAGGAGGCAGCGAGGAGGGCCUUCUGGAGCGUCUCUUCACCUACUGCGGCCCCCGGGAUGGAGACAAAAAGGGUGCCAACCCACUCCUCCGGAGCAGUAAGCCUCGGCACUUCUUCCUGGGCCACAGUUAUGGCACCAACUGGGUGGAGUACGAUACCAGCGGCUGGCUGAGCUACGUCCGGCAAAACCCCGCCUCUCAGAAUGCCUUGGUUCUCCUCCAGGAGUCCCAGAAGAAGAUCAUCAGCAGCCUCUUUGCGGGCCGAGCCGGGGCCACCACAGUGCUGUCCGGGUCCAUCGCUGGCCUGGAGGGGGGCUCCCAGUUAGCCCUGCGCAGAGCCACCAGCAUGCGCAAGACGUUCGCCACUGGGGUCGCUGCCGUGAAGAAGAGGUCCAUGUGCAUCCAGAUCAAGCUGCAGGUGGAUGCCCUGAUCGACACCCUCAAGAAGUCUGGGCUCCACUUUGUGCACUGCUUCUUGCCCAAGGCGAACGGCUGGAGAGGGGACUCCAAGGGGCCGUACGCCCAGCGGGUGAGCAGCAGUGAGCUGGACCUCCACGGGGAGCACUGCGAAGCCGGUCUGAUGCAGCUGGAGGUGCCCCUGCUGAGGGCCCAGAUUCGGGGCUCCCGCCUCCUCGAUGCCCUUCGGAUGUACCGUCAAGGUUACCCUGACCACAUGGCCUUUGCCGAGUUCCGCCGGCGCUUCGAUGUCCUGGCCCCCCACCUGACCAAGAAGCAUGGGCGCCAUUAUAUCGUCACAGAUGAGAAGCGGGCGGUAGAAGAGCUGCUGCAGUCGCUGGAGUUGGAGAAGAGCUGCCAUCACAUGGGCCUGAGCCGGGUGUUUUUUCGGGCAGGGACGUUGGCUAAGCUGGAGGAGCAGCGGGAUAAGCAGAUGAGCCGGAGCAUCACACUGUUCCAGGCUGCCUGCCGUGGGUUCCUUGCACGCCAGCAGUUCAAGAAGAGAAAGAUUCAGGACCUUGCUAUCCACUGCGUGCAAAAGAACAUCAAGAAGAACAAGGGGGUGAAGGACUGGCCCUGGUGGAAACUCUUCACCACCGUUCGCCCUCUCAUCGAAGUCCAGCUUACAGAGGACCAGAUCCGGGCCAAAGACGAGGAGGUCCAGCAGCUGAAGAGCCGUCUCGAGAAGGUGGAGAAGGAGCGGAAUGAACUGCGACUGACCAGCGACCGCUUGGAGAGCAAGGUCACGGAGCUGACGUCGGAGCUGACGGACGAGAGGAACACGGGAGAAUCGGCUUCCCAGCUUCUGGACGCGGAGACAGCGGAGCGCCUGCGGGCCGAGAAGGAGAUGAAGGAUCUCCAGGCCAAAUACGAUGCGCUCAAGAAGCAGAUGGACUCUAUGGAGAUGGAAGUGAUGGAGGCCCGUCUGAUCCGCGCUGCGGAGCUCAACGGCGAGGUGGACGAUGACGACACAGGCGGGGAGUGGCGCCUGAAAUACGAGCGGGCAGCCCGGGAGAUCGAUUUCACCAAAAAGCGUUUGCAGCAGGAGUACGAGGACAAGCUGGAGGUGGAGCAGCAGAGCAAGCGGCAGCUGGAGAGGCGGCUGACCGACCUACAGGCAGACAGCGAGGAGGGCCAGCGGGCCCUGCAGACCCUGAAGAAGAAGUGCCAGCGCUUGACGGCGGAGCUACAGGACACCAAGCUGCACCUGGAAGGGCAGCAGGGCCGUAAUCAUGAGCUGGAGAAGAAGCAGCGCCGGUUUGACAGCGAGCUUUCCCAAGCGCACGAGGAGGCCCAGCGUGAGAAGUCGGGCCGGGAAAAGCUGGGGCGAGAGAAGGACAUGCUCAUUGCCGAGGUGUUCAGCCUCAAGCAGCAGCUCGAGGAGAGGGACGGCCAGAUCGCGGCCUCCGCGCAGAAGGUGCAGGCCCUGGAAGCAGAGCUGCAGGACCUGUCUUGCCAGGAGUCCAAAGACGAGGCCUCUCUCGCCAAGGUCCGGAAGCAGCUUCGGGACCUGGAAGCCAGGGCCAAAGACCAGGAGGAGGAGCUGGAUGAACAGGCGGGCACCAUCCAGAUGCUGGAGCAGGCCAAACUGCGGCUGGAGAUGGAGAUGGAGAGGCUGCGGCAGACGCACACCAAGGAGGUGGAGAGCCGCGACGAGGAGGUGGAGGAGAUCCGGCAGUCCUGCCAGAAGAAGUUGAAGCAGCUGGAGAUGCAGCUGGAGGAGGCCUAUGAGGAGAAGCAGAAAGUGUUGCGAGAGAAGAGGGAACUGGAGAGCAAGCUGGCUGCCGUCAGCGAUCAGGUGAACCAGCGGGACUUCGAGACGGAGAAGCGGCUGCGGAAGGACCUCAAGCGCACCAAGGCCCUCUUGGCCGAUGCCCAGGUCAUGCUGGACCACCUGAAGAACAGCGCGCCCAGCAAGCGGGAGAUCGCGCAGCUGAAGAACCAGCUGGAGGAGUCGGAGUUCACCUGCUCAGCGGCCGUCAAAGCUCGGAAAUCCAUGGAGGUGGAGAUUGAGGACCUGCACCUGCAGAUCGAGGACCUCUCCAAGGCCAAGGGAGCGCUGGAAGAACAGCUGAGCCGCUUGCAGAGGGAGAAGAACGAGGUGCAGAGCCGCCUGGAGGAGGAUCAGGAGGACAUGAACGAGCUCAUGAAGAAGCACAAGGCAGCAGUUGCUCAGGCCUCGCGGGACCUGGGUCAGAUCAACGACCUCCAGUCGCAGCUGGAGGACACCAACAAGGAGAAACAGGAGCUGCAGGAGAAGCUGCAAGGCCUCCAGAGCCAGCUGGAAUUCCUCGAGCAAUCCAUGGUGGACAAAUCCUUGGUGAGCAGACAGGAGGCCAAGAUACGUGAGCUGGAGACGAGGCUGGAGUUUGAGAGGACCCAAGCGAAGCGCCUCGAGAGCUUGGCGACUCGGUUGAAGGAGAACAUGGAGAAGCUGGCGGAGGAGCGCGACCAGCGCGCAGCCGCCGAGAACCGGGAGAAGGAGCAGAACAAGCGUCUUCAGCGCCAGCUCCGGGACGGCAAAGAGGAGAUGGCUGAGCUGGCCAAAAAGGAGGCUGAAGCAAGCCGGAAAAAGCACGAACUGGAGAUGGACCUGGAGAGUUUAGAAGCUGCUAACCAGAGCUUGCAGUCAGAUCUGAAGCUGGCCUUCAAGCGGAUCGGGGACCUGCAGGCUGCCAUUGAAGACGAGAUGGACAGUGACGACAACGAGGACCUCAUCAACAGUUUGCAGGACGUGGUGUCAAAGUACCAGAAGCGCAAGAAUAAGCUUGAGGGAGACUCGGACGCCGAUUCGGAGCUCGAGGACCGCGUGGAUGGAGUGAAGUCGUGGCUGUCCAAGAACAAAGGCUCUUCCAAGUCGGUCUCCGAGGACGGCAGUUUGAAGAGCAGCAGGCCCAGCCUGGACCCAGCUGGCAAGGAGGUUAAGGAAGGCGAGGAGAGGCCGGCCUCCGUCAUGAGCUCCCUCAGCUACCGGAAGCGCGCCAACCUCAAGGACUCCAUUGGAGGGAAAGGGGAUGAGGAGAGCCUGUUCUCUGCUUUGAGCGAGCGCCCAGCCUCUCCGGACCGCUCCUUCCGCAAGGCCACGCGGAGCUCGGUGGCCGGUGGCCUGGACGAGGGUGGCUCCCUGGCCUCCUGGAAGAAGCCCCCCGGAGGAGGUGUGGAGGAGCUCGGCGAGAGGGGCUUGGUCCUCUCCCAGGCCCUCUCCGAGGCCAGCAGCCGCCUCCCCAAGGGGCUGGAGAAGCGCUGGUCCACCUCGGCCGCCGAAUUUGAUCGGGCGUCGGUUCUCUCUGCCCCGAUCAGCCAGAGCGGGGCCUCCUGGGGCGGCCUGGAGGCCCAGGAAGACGACACACGGUCGUCUCUCAGUUUCGCGCUCUCGAGCCCCGGAAGCUUGCGGCGGAGCACUUCCCGCUUGGACGACCUCAGCCCGUCCUACGGCCGCCCGGGCUCCCGCCUCUCCUUGAGCCGCUCCCAGCUGGACGACGCGGCCAGCGUGGCCCCCAGCGACUCCCGCUCCCUCUGCAGCCAACACUCCCUCCCCCGCAGCCUCUCGGUGCCCCCUCGGCCCCGGACAUCCGCCUUGGAGGAGCGGCGGGUGGCCGAACCCGACGUCCGGCCCGUCAGCCACCGGAGUUACCUGGACCCGGAUCUGGAGGCGGCGAUCAACGAGGUGUUGAACUACAAGCCCGUCAAAUUCAGGCGCUCCAGCCGGGACCUUGACUCGGAGGAAGAGGACCGCAGGAGUGUCCAGAGCGCCCGGAGCACCACUCUGCUGGAGGCCGCCGAGCACCCGGCCAGCAGCCUACGCCGGUCCGCCUCGGCCUUGGAUUUCUACCGGCCUCAUCGGAAGACGAAGGGCAGGAGCAGCCGGAAGAGGAGCAGCAGUUCCUCCAGUGACUCCUCCUCCUCCUCGUCUUCGUCCUCCUCCUCUUCCGAGCGGCAGAGGAAGAGCUCCAGAAAGCACGCCAAGAAGUCCAAGAAGAGGUCCAAGAAGAAGCGUCAGCAGCGGUCCCGGCCGGGCUCUUCUUCGGAGUCGUCUUCCAGCUCCACCGUCUCUUACCGGAGCAACUCCAGCAUCAAGAAGGGCCCGAAGCGGUCAGACGGGGAGAGCGGCAGCAUCCCUGGGGAGGGGGGCCACGAGGCCGGGACGUCCAGCAAGCAGCUGAAGAAGGAGGAGAAGCGGCACAAGAAGCGAGUGGACAGCCUGAUGAUGAAGUACUUGUAUCGGCCGGAGAGCGACUAAGCCCCCCCGGCCACUGGAAACUGUUUGCCUGUGACCGAUCGGAUGAGGAGGAGCGAGACGCCUUUGACAGCAGCCACAGGUCCCAGUUCUGCCGGAGUUACCUCAGCGACAGCGACUC